AUGGCACGACUCAAUCAGACCCUCUUGCGGCAGAUGGGUUUGGGUGCGUUCCAUGUUGGUGUAGAGGUUUUGGGUGACGAGUGGUACUUCCGUUGGGCCGACACUCCAGAUUCUGGGGUGGUUUGGAUGAGACCACAAGCCCAUCAGGUGCACAUCUACACUGAAUCUGUUGAUCUGGGCUUUUCCAAGCUCAACGAAAGUCAGAUCCGCAGUGUGCUUGGUGAAAUGGUUGACCAGUGGCCAGCCAACUCGUACCACCCAGUGAAGCGCAACUGCCUUCACUUUGCACAGGCCUUUGUUGUGGCACUUCAAUGCCCUGAGCCUUUUCCGGAAUGGGUGCUUGGACUACCGGAUGCCAUCCAAACGCCGUUCCUCAUGCCUCUCGCGGACGCGUCUUGGGAUUGGAUGCGCUGGUGGAAUUCCUCGGGCGCAACCUGUUGCCGUCCUCAGGGAGCAUGGCUUGAAGCAGAGGACAUUGAAGAGGUGGACUUGUCUCCGGGGGCCCGUCGAACAAUUUGA